AUGGAAUUGAGAAGUGAGUACAUGAAGUUCUCAAUUCCAAAAACGCAAGUAAAUAGUAGCGAGGAACCAAUGAUGAGACUGUUCAGGCGGGCUUCUAAAAUAACUAACGUACCGGCGUAUGAUAAACUUGAGCCGUCAAAGGAUCAGAACGAAAAACUGACGAGCGACGGAUCGGAUGCAGCGAUCAGAGCGCAAGUUAGUAAGGGAGUUGAACAGAGUAAAAGCAAGGAAGUACAAGAAAAACAGGAAAUUAAAAACUCUACAUACGCGAAAGGAGCGAAUGAAUGGAGAGAGGGUCCAGAAGAAAUAAAGCAGAGCGGUUUAACGGAAGCAAGCCCCAACGCUCCAAGGGAAACGACCCCCAACGAAGCAAGAAACCAGAUCUCAAGGACUCCAAUGAGCGAAAACACACUAUACGCAAAAAACUCACCAACUAACAACAUGUCAGAAAAUACACAACAGCAUUAUGGACGUGGUGAACCUCUAGAUAGAAGUAGCAAGGAAAACCGGCAGGAAGAUAACAGGUUCGCCAACGCCAUGCAGAGUCACGGAGGAGCCACAGCGAGUGAGCAGGACCACGCAAGAGUGCCAGGAGCUUACUGGGAAAGAAGCGCAAUGCCAGUAAUCACACCAGAACAGACGAUGGCGCAGAGCAGGUCGCCAGACCACGCAGAGUCAGGAGAAGGCAGAGGCCACGUGAGAGGGUACGGAGAGCACAGGACUCCCGUCACGCAGUGGGAGAGGCCUCAGAACAUGCACGCGAACGCGGACAGAAGAAGGUACACCCGAAAGUCGGACGCAAGCUCAGAUAGCCAGUCGAGAAGUUCGUCAUCGAGCUACGACUCGCACGGGUCGUACUCGAGAGCGACGAGAACGAGAAUAGUUUAUCACCCGCUCCCAGUAUCGGGAAACAUGAUAAUAGAUAGCGUUAGCGCGGCACCAGUGCACUCAGGAGCAGCAGAAGGGACGGUGAGCAUGCACGUGAGAGGAGAACACGUCAGCCCCAAGCAGCCACAGGGAUACACGAACGGAAGGCUCCACUCAGGCUACGUUAGUCAGACGGUGGGCACGGCCACGAGAAACCACGCAAGCGGAGACUCAAGUUCAUCAUCCUCGCACAGCGCAGACUCGAGACACAGCAAGGCGGGACACGGAGGACAAGCAAGGUACGACCACGCUAACGGCAGGUACGAGUACGCAGGGUCAGCAAGUGGUAGUGGUAACGGCAGGUACGACUACGGAGCACACGCAGGUAGAUACGACGGACCGAGAGUGAGGCCCGACGACAGAGCCGGAGAAGUACACAUGGGUCCGAGGACGGAGAAGCCAGGAAUGCUCUCAGAAGAUUUUAAUAGAAUGGAAAUGGACUACUACCAGAUUAACAGAUACGGAAAGUAUGACCAGAGGGCGCCGAGAAGUUACGCGGAAGCAUACGACCACAAAAUGGUAGAACCGAAGAUUAACUACGGAAGUUACAAGCACGAAAGAGGAAAAGUGAGUCCGCAGAGAAAGAAGAUUAAAAACGAGUACGCACACAACAUGUACCAGUACGGAAUUAACCAUCAGCAACAAUACAUGAACCAGUACAUAACAUACCAGAACAUGAACUACCAGAACUACGGCAACAUGAACCACUACGGCCACAAGCACGGAGAGUACCAGCACGGCGGCGAGAGACACCAGAUGCAGGGAGGGCACGCAAGUCACCAGUAUAAGCAGGGGAUGCGCGCAGAACACGGAAAGUACUACAGAGACCAGUACUACACGUCCCCGGCGAACAGGAACGACCAGUACAUGGGAUACGCGCACUACCAGAACGUGCACUACGCAAACAUGUUGGACCAGGGAGGAUACAAAAACUACAAAAUGCCGCCGCAGAAGGUGACCUCGUACACGCACGCGCCGAAGCAGAUAAAGCCAAGGCAGAGCUCAGCGCUGCAGAUCCUGAACCCGGACACGGGAGAGGUGGUCAACUCGACGAAGGCGGACGCCAAGGGAGCCUCGAGUAAGGGGGCGACUGCAGGCGCUGCCGCCGUCGGCGGCAGCGCCCCUGCAGAAGGUGUCGAGAGUGUCGCAGUCGGUGCCGGGGACAGAGGGGUUACGAGUGGCACAGCAGCCGCCGCGGAUGUCGCCACUGAAUCAAGCGCGCCUGGUGAGUCGGCCACGGAAGUGGCAGGCAGUGUUGGCCAAGGCACGGCGAAGGCCGCCGCGGAGAGCGUCGCUUCGGUAUCGGGAGAAGUUGCAGUUUCUGUCAGUACGGUAGAAGCUCACAGUAGUGCUGCCGCGGACGUGAGCGAGACUAACGCAGAGCCCAAGGCCACCGUCGCGUCUGAGAGUGUGGUCAGUUCAACGUCCGGUGAAAGAGAGGAUGCAGAAUAUGUUUCAGCAGCAGAGCGUUCAUUGAAGGACAGUAGCGGAGAGGAAGUUGAAGGAAAGUAUCAAGUUUCCUGUGCACAGGAGGUGGCCACUGCCAACGUCGAUAGUGCAGGCGUUGACGUAGAGAGCACAGUUGUAGGCGCUGGCAUUGACAGUAAAGUUGUACGCGCUGACGUAGAGAGCACAGUCGUAGGCGUUGAUAAUAAUGCUUACGUUGUUAGUUCUAGCCUUGACAAUCGUGUUAUAGUUGAUAGUAACACGGGCUUUGAAAGUGUUGCUGCCCAUGAAAACGCUGUAGUAGGAGGUGUCACUGUGGUUACGAAGGACAUAAGUGCUUUAAAUGAAUUUGGAUCAGCAGGAAUGGAAUAUGAAAAGUAUCAGCACGAUAACGGUCACACGCCGUCAAAGGAGAUCACACAGAAUGAAGAAAAUACACGGAAAGAAGUUGAAUCACAGAAACAGGUUGAUACACAAAAGGAACCUGGGGCACAGAAGGAAGGUAGCGUAACAAAAGAGUGGAAGGCACAGAAAGAGUUGGAGUCUCAGAAAGACUCUGAUUCACAGAAAGAAUAUACACGGAGAGAAAAGGACACACAUAAGGAAGCAAGUACAGAGGAAGAUGAGGCGGAGGAGCGCAGCAAGUCGGAGGAAUAUAAGAAGAUGGAGGAGGUGCUGAGUCCAAUUAACGUGUUGAAGUACGCACAGAAGAAGCAGAGUCAGCCGCUGGUGAACAACAUGUCGCAGCUGCCAAGUAUGCACAUAUCGAAGACGAGGCUGAGAAUAGUUAACAGACCAAUUAACCCCUCCGAAAAACUGUACACACUCUCGGAGUUGCACCCCUACAAGGAAGCAUUCGUGUACAAGGAACACUCGAAGUCGCACCAGAGGAAGAUAAAAAACAAGCCACUGAACGAAAUAGGAUACAUAGAGGAAAUUAACGGAGUAGUCGAUUCAAAGCUGUUUGAUCAUAAGCUAAUGGGCCCGAAGAUGUUGGAUCAUAAGCUGAUGGAUUCAAGGAUUAUUGAUGCUAAUUUUAACGGAAAGAUGGUAGAUGCUAAGAUGAUAGACGCCAACCUGGGUGGUAAGAUGAUAGACGCCAACCUGGCUGGUAAGAUGAUAGACGCCAACCUGGCUGGAAAAUUUGUAGACGCUAAGCUUGACAGUAACCUUGACGGGAAGCUGUCUGACGCGAAGAAGGAGUCUAUGGUAACAGUGGACAUGGGGACGAGCACGGAGCUGUCAGACCUGAUACUGGAGAACAGCGACUCGGGAAGCGACAGCAACAAGUCGAGGUCGCAGGAACACACGGACAACGAGAGUAAUCGCAACGGAGUGGCGGACAAGACUGGAGUUAUGGCGACGCAGUACAAAGCAGUGGAAACGAAGGGAGAAAGAGAGCAAGUGCAAAGAGAUAAGGAAAGUGACAGGGUGCAGCAAGGACCGAAGUACCAGUUUGACACGAGGGUGCCAGUGAAAACAGCAAGUGGAACAGUGGGAGCGACACUGGUGAGUAGCAUGGGAGGGUUUGGAGCAGCCACGGGAGCGAAGAGCGUGUACGGGUCAGCAGCAGCCUCAACAGUGGCGCCAGCGGUGGCCUCAACCAGGAGCGGCGCCACGAAGGGGUUGACAAGUGCCGAUAGCGUUGCCAGAACGGAAGCAGAAACAGGAUCAAUUGGCGCUGCAGGCACUGCUCAAACAGGAACACCGCCAUUGUCAACAACGGUAACAGUGGCAACAACAUCCGCAACAGCGACAAUUCCAUCCUCUGCACCAUCAGCGAGGACCACAACAGCAACAUCCGCAACAACUGUAACUACAGCGAAAGCCACUGUAGCAACGCAAACAGCAAUUGGCCAUAGAGCUACGAGCACGGUAGCAGCACCUUCAACAACAAGUCAUGUAGCAACACCUUUGACAACAAGUCAUGUAGCAACACCUUUGACAACAAUGACACCAAUAACUGUAGCAACAGUUGCAACAGGGGCUACAACAACAACAACAAGGACAAUAAGCACGGGAACGACUAGCCAUGGAUUGAUGAAAUUGGUGCCGACAGCAGAAGACGACCCAGCAGAUCCAAGCAAAUUCAGCACAAUUAAGAUGAUAUACAUGGGACAGGAGUUGCGAAGGAUAGGGCUUCAGAGGGACAGAGCAAUGGGAAGGUUUAAGCUGGUGCCACUCAACUACACAAUGGGAAGCAGCACGGGAAGUCACGCGAGUCAAGGAGGCUUGCAGUCACACACGUCAUUCUCAGAAGGGUACACGACGAACACGAACACGAGAAGGAAGACCAAGAAGGAGAGUAAGUGGAGAAGUGAGCUGAGCAUAGAGAAGGAGGAGCUGACGUCGAAUAAGCCGAAAAAGCCGACGCUCUCGAAGAAGGAGCAGUUCAAGAGGAGCGUGAGGACGCUGCUGAACAAGCUGACAGUGGAAAACUUCCUGGUCGUCUCGGAAAAAAUCGCAACGCUCUACAGAGAGGCGGAGGAGCAGGAGUCAGUGCGAGUGGUGGUGGACCUGCUGCACGAAAAGGCGACGCACGAGCUGGAGUACUCGGACAUGUACGCAGACCUGGCAUUCCUGCUCAAGUACAGCUUCAACGAGAAGCUGGACCUGGGCUCGAAGACGACCUGCUUCCACAAGACGCUCCUCAACAAGUGCCAGGACUCCUUCGAGGAGAUCAGCACGAACCACGGGCUCGACAAGACGUACAUCCUGGGCAACAUCAGGUUCAUGGGGGAGCUGUUCCUGCGCAAGAUACUCUCGAUCACGAUCCUGAAGAGAAUAUCGUGCACGCUGAUGACGUCAAAUGGUAACAACGUUGGUGCUAAUAGCGUCGGUAAUUGUGGCAGUGGUAACAACGUUGGUGCUAAUAGCGUCGGUAAUUGUGGCAGUGGUAAUAUCAGUGGUGCUGGUGUUGGUAAUGACGCUAUUGCUACCAGUAAGGUUGAUGCUACUGCAGAGUUAGACGCUAUUGUUUGUGCUGCUGGCUCAGACGGCAACGUUGGUGGAGACAGCGAGGUGGCGGGUAGCAGUGAGAAAGUAGCGGCCGAGGCAGUGAGUGGAUCGGAUGAUGCCAGAAGCAGUUCCAUCAGUGGUAGCAUAGAUGGUGCCAGUGACGCUACCGGUAUAGCUGGCGCUACUGCCACCAGUUCAGCUACUACUGUUACUGCUGCCACCAUUACUACUAUCAGCGGUAUUACUACUACCAGGCCUGCUCCGACAAGUUCAGCUACCACCACUACUACUACUACUACUCGUACCAACUCCUCUACUACUAGCUCCGCCGAUGAAAGGACCGACAGAAGUAGUUCAGAGGGAGUAGAGGCCACAGAGAGUGCAUCAAGAAGAGCAGGGGAAGGAGCGGAUAACGAGGGAGGAGCGACAGCAGCAUCAGCAGGGUCGUCAGGCAGAAGCAGCAGCGCCUCAGACGACAUGGAGUUCAGGCCGCCUGCAAACCUGAUCGAGUGCUUCAGUGAGCUGCUGACGACAAUAGGGUACACAGUGGACCAGAUACCGGGAGGAAGCGACAUGCUCGACGAGUACCUGGCGAUACUCAUCAGCCUCAAGAAAAGGGGAAUAUACCCGACGAGAAUCAACUUUAAGAUCCAGGACCUCAUCGACCUGCGCAACAGGAACUGGCGAAAGAAGCUCUUCAAGGAAAAGGCAACCUCAGUCUCGCAGAUACACCGCCUGGCGGAGCAGGAGCAGCUGCGAGGAGGCCCGCAGGAGGGCAGGUUCGUGACGGCAGGACUGCAGACGAACAGGCACUACACGCCGCACCUGCUCAAGAGGCGCCAGCAGGUGGUCGACAGCCUCGUCAACGGAGUGUACACGCAGGAGUCGGCGCAGAGGCUGCGCGAGAGCGGCGGCGCCGAGGGCAGGAGCGACGACAGCUUCUACCCGCAGGUCCUCAAGCUCUUCGCUGCUGCGCCCGACAGGGAGGCAUUCCAGAAGGAGUGGCGCAGCUACAGGCCGAGCGACGACAGCGUCGCGCACGCCUUUGACCAGAUGCUGAAGAGCACAAUGACUGCGAAGACGCUGGAGCUGUGUCUGGCGCACGCCGACCUGCUCUCGCUGACGCUGGCGAAGCUGGUGGACUCGGAGACGCUGAGAGCGAAGCUGUUGAACACGCUCUGUGAAUACUACGUCGUUAACCUGCAGGAGGAGGUCAUCGAUAACCCCUGGGCCAUGGACAUAGCCUCGAGGACGCUGACGCUGCUCUUCAACGACUUCGCAGGAGAGGCGAGGAACCUGCUCGAGAAGAUACCGAUUCCGAAGCACUUCCCCACGGCGAAGCAGCUGGUAAUCAACAUCGUAAACGGAACCAGGGAGCUGGGCGGAGACCUGGGAUUCACGCGCAGAGUCAUCAGAAGACACCUGUACUCCACGUUCCACAACGAAAAUCUCCUUUUCCUGGAUGAAAUUUAA